CCCGGCGUCCCCUGAGCUGUCCUUCACUCUCAGACCUCUCUCUCCUUGUAACCUUCAAUCCCAACUCAACCCUCCCUCCCCUCCCCUCUUCUCCUCUUCUCUUUUCUUCACUACUCCUCUCUCAUCCUCUUCCCUCUUCUUAUUCCUCAGCUCUCAAAACCUCAAAUUAGGGAUUAUUCCAAUUAGGGUUUGGGUUAGGGUUAGGGUUAGGGUUUCUUCGCCCCACCUGAUCGAUUUCUCUCUCCCUGUAAUGCUCCAACGACCCUAGGUCCCAAUUCGCGAACCAAUGUACGGACACGCCCACCCCAUGGACAUGCAAAACCAGAUCCCCGCCGGCGGCGGCAACGACGACGACGCGCCGGGCCCGGAGUCCAUCGACAACGCUCACAUUCACUACGAAGGCCACACGCUCGAGGACGGCGGGGUCGUCGUCGAGGAGGCCACCUCCGAUGACGUUUAUAUUCACGGCGGAAAUACCGACCUCGACAUGGCUAUUCCUUACGAGGGCUCCAGUCAGCUCACGCUCUCGUUUCGUGGCCAAGUCUACGUCUUUGACUCCGUUACGCCUGAUAAGGUUCAAGCUGUGCUAUUGCUGUUGGGGGGCUCGGAAUCAUCCUCUGGUGCCCAAGGUGUAGACAUGACAACUCAGAAUCAGAGGGCCAUAACAGAGUUUCCAACAGGCUGUAAUCAGCCUCAUAGAGCAGCGUCGUUAAAUAGGUUUCGUCAAAAGAGGAAAGAACGAUGCUUUGAUAAGAAAGUCAGAUAUAGUGUCCGUCAAGAAGUUGCCCUCAGGAUGCAGCGUAACAAGGGGCAAUUUACUUCUUCCAAAAAGUCAGACGGAGAUUACAGCUGGGGUUCUGGCCAAGAGUCAAGGCAAGAUGACAGCAAUGCAGAAACCUCAUGCACACAUUGUGGAACAAGUUCAAAGUGCACACCAAUGAUGCGGCGUGGUCCAUCUGGUCCAAGGUCUCUUUGCAAUGCUUGUGGGCUCUUCUGGGCAAACAGGGGGGUUUUGAGGGAUAUUUCCAAGAGACUGCCAGGUCAUUCUCAGGCUGCUGGAGAACAGGGUGAGGCUGAAGCUGAUGACUCAGACACUGGAAUGGCCAUUGUUGUACACAAUGCUGCAGAUGCUGUUCCCUCAUCUAAUGGUGAUAACAAGGCUUUAGUUGCUGAAACUUAGAUCGUGUGGUUAUAAUGCCAAAUUUGCCUCCGGCAUUACAGUCAAGUAGGUUGGGUCGUAUUUUUCAUUUGGCUUAUCUGAUCUAUGUACAGCGAUAAUAGUGCCUUGAUCAAUACAAGAAAUAAUCUAUUUUUUUGUCUUACCUUUUUUAAGGUUUUGGUACACUACCCUGGGAGGACAUAAACGUAUUUGCAAAACCUAAACCAUUUUAUAAUAUCAUGUAUUCUCUUGGCACA